CUUUGAAUCACCACGCUUCACAGUUCACACAGUGGGCAAAGAGCGAGUUCCCGGAAGAAGAAACACCCAAUUGCAAUAGCAAUGGAGCUUCAACUCAUAAACCCAUCUAAAAUGCCCUGUUUUUCCACCCAUGGAUGCAUAAAAACGAAAGGGUUCUCCAUUGAAUCGGCCAAAAGAGAAUCUGUGAUAAGCUCUUCAAAGGGUAUUCAGAGAUGUUCCGAUAAAGACCUCUCUUUAAUCCUCAGAAAAGAGGCCGCAGUUAAAAAUAUUGAGAAAAAAGCCAACUCCAGUAAGUAUAAUAACCUCUCCCCGAAGGCUGUUUUAGAUGCCUUGGAUGAAGCAAUUCAAGGGAAGCAAUGGGAAUCUGCUCUCAAGGUCUGUGCAUUUUCUUUCCCUUUUUUUCCCAUUAUUUUCGGUUUCCGUAAGCUCCAUGUGUUCAAUUCAGAAUUUGGUUUGUUCCUGGAAGGCUGAAAAAUUCCUUCUUGUUUAAUAGGAACUUUGACAGUGUUAAGUUGCAGUCUUUGUUCUGUUUUUCUGGUCACAUUCUCUAUUAUAAUUAUGAGUUGAAUUUGAAAUUUCUGGUUAUAGAUUUUUGGCCUACUUCGAAAGCAGCAUUGGUAUGUGCCGAAAAGCCAGACGUUCACUAAAUUAUUAGUUAUGUUAGGUAAGUGCAGGCAGCCUGGUCAAGCAGGUUUGCUUUUUGAAAUGAUGGAGUCUGAUGGGCUUCAACCCACAAUCGAUGUAUAUACAGCACUUGUGGGUGUCUAUGGACUUAACGGUCUUCUUGAGAAGGCCUUUGAUACUGUUAAUUAUAUGAAGUCCGUCCGCAACUGCAAGCCGGAUGUGUAUACGUAUUCCAUCCUCAUAAAGUGUUGCGCAAAACUUGGUCAGUUUGACAUGAUCGGAGAUGUUUUAGCUGAAAUGUCGUACCUAGGAGUAGAGUGUAGCACGGCAACUUACAACACCAUAAUAGAUGGAUAUGGCAAGGCUGGACUUUUUGAAGAGAUGGAACGCACAUUGACAGAAAUGAUUGGAAGUGGCGCUUGCCUUCCGGAUAUAUUUACGUUUAAUGCGGUUGUUGGUGCUUAUGGUAAUUCGGGUCAGAUUGAGAAAGCCGAGAGUUGGUUUGAUCAAUUCCAGCUAAUGGGGGUGAAGCCUGACAUUAUGACCUUUAAUAUACUGAUCAAAUCGUAUGGAAAAGCAGGCAAGUACAGGAGGAUGGGGUCUGUGCUGGACUUUAUGAAGAAAAGGUUUUAUUCUCCUACUAUUGUUACCUAUAAUAUUGUCAUUGAUACAUUUGGGAAGGCAGGAAAUGUGGAAAAAAUGGAAGAAUUUUUUCUGAAGAUGAAGCAUCAAGGAAUGAAGCCUAAUUCAAUCACAUAUUGCUCACUUGUUAAUGCUUACAGCAAAUUUGGUCUGAUAGAUAAAAUUGAUUCAAUUUUGAGGCAAGUUGAGAAUUCUGACGUGGUACUAGAUACCCCUUUUUUCAAUUGCAUCAUCAGUGCAUAUGGCCAGGCUGGUGAUGUAGAGAAAAUGGUCGAGUUGUUCAUGGCUAUGAAAGACCGAAAAUGUAAACCAGAUGACAUAACCUUUGCUUCUAUGAUCCAAGCCUAUCAUGCACGAGGAAUGACUGAAGCUGCUCAAAGUUUGGAGAGGAUGAUGAUAACUGCUGGAGAUGCUUCAGAAAGCCAGAAGAAGUGAUUGGUUUAUGGUGGGGAUUUUGCGUCGUUGCAAACAAUGUAUCCUCUUUAACACCAUUAAAGUAGGAGCUACAAAGACUAUCUGCUGCGGAGAACUCUCAUUUUGUAAAUAAAGGCUAUGAUCUUGUAACUAGCUUCUGUGAAUAUGGCUGGGGAAAAUCGUUCCAUUUUGCUUGAAGGUAAUCUUGGUGUUACAGUGGGCUUUCUGUUUGUAAGUUUUCAGUUGAGCUUCGCUUAUGUGGUGCAACUAUUUAGACCAAGUAAGUUUUAUUUUGACUUGGUUCAAAGGGUAGUCUCUAUGGGAAGGCAUCAAGCGCAUAAGCACUUCCUGUCACUCUCUAGCUUUGUCUGAAACUAGGAAACAAGGUGCUUCUGUCUGCUGAUUUGUUGUAACGGGACAAUGAUAUCUUGUAUUGAUUUGUCUCUUCCGAUGUUUCUCGAACAUGGUUUGAGGUGUUUUCCGUGAUUGUAUAGGUUUUAUACCGUAGAAUUGGCCACCAACCCUUCUGUCUAGGACCAUCCAGAGCUAGAAAUUGAUCUAAAUCUAUGUAUGCUGGAAUUCAGCUAGGACAGUGCCUUGAGCCUCUCAACAAAACAGGAUUCGAGGUGGGUGAUAAACCCCUUCUGUCCUUUAAAAAAUUUCUGUAAAGCUUCCAACAUAACGAUAGAUCUUGCAGCGGAUUCGUCCAUUCCUUGGUACAAGCUUUUGGACUUUGGAUAAGAGCCGCAUAUCAGUAAGCAAUUUCGGGCUAAUAGCACCUGGACGCUUCAUCACCAAAAACCCUGUAGGAGUUGUAAAUACCAAUAAUUUUUUUUAACGCUGAUUGUUUAUGACAUUGUAAGGUUUUCAGUGGAUAGGAAAUUACACAAACAUUAGCUUCUCUAACUAUGAAAUUGGCUACAGAUUACAGUUAAAACGGAAUUGGUCCAUUCCAUUAUACAAUAUCGCUUGCUUGUAUCGAUUGAUUAAUCAUUUCUACACAUCUUUUUUUCCUAUAAAAAUUAAAAGCCUGUAAUUGAC